CUGAUCCCAGAGCUGCAUUCCAGGAUAAGGUAGUGGGGGGUGGGGAGAGGCUGCCCCGGGGGAGGGGCAGGAAGGAGGGCUAUAAGGGCUGCAGCCUUUGGGGCGGGAACCAGCCAGGCCAUGGCGGAGGUGCCCGGAGCCCAGCGCUCGGUUCUCGCGGGCGGCCCAGAGCCCCGGGAUCCCCUGGAUUGCUGGGCCUGCGCAGUGCUGGUAACGGCCCAGAAUCUGCUGGUGGCCGUCUUCAACCUCCUCCUGCUGGCGCUGGUGCUGGGGACCAUCUUGCUACCCGCUGUCACCAUGUUAGGCUUCGGCUUUCUCUGCCACUCCCAGUUCCUGCACUCCCAGGCGCCCCCUUGCACGGCGCAUCUGCGGGACCCAGGCUUCACCGCCCUGCUGGUCAUUGGAUUCCUGCUGCUGGUGCCGCUGCUGGUGCUGGCCCUGGCGACCUACCGCCGCCUCUGCCUGCGCCUUCGCCUGGCCGACUGCCUUGUGCCCUACAGCCGGGCCCUGUACCGGCGCCGGCACAUCCCACAGCCGAAGCAAAUCCCGGCCUCACCAGGGUCCCGGGCUGUUCCCACACCUGGGAAGGUCUGGGUCUGAGGCGCGUGGAGUCAAGCAUCCUGUCGCCUGAGGACUUACAGGAAGCCCGGGGCUGUUCUGCCCAGCCCUGCUCCUCA